GCAUGCAAUAUGAAGACCUGUCAAUCCAGUCCUUUGGAUUCAGGCACAGAAUCAGACCUUCAGUGCAGAAGUGGGCCAGGCUGCGUGGUGAAGUGCAGCUCAGAAAGGAUGGAGAAUGCUGCCAAGAGAAGACUGGCUGCCAAUGCCAGGGAGAGGAGACGGAUGCAGGGGCUGAACACGGCCUUCGACCGGUUGAGAAAGGUGGUGCCACAGUGGGGUCAGGAUAAGAAGCUGUCCAAGUAUGAGACCCUGCAGAUGGCUUUGAGUUAUAUCAUGGCUCUCACUAGAAUACUUGCUGAAGCAGAGAGAUACAGUACUGAGAGAGAAUGGAUUAGCCUUCAGUGUGAACACUUCCAUCCCGAGAGCUACCACCAUUACACAGGACAGAAGCCGGCAGCGGGCAGCGAUCCCUUUGCACAGCGAAUAUUCACCUAUCACCCUGAACACUUCCAGCUAGCUAAUUAGAACUCA